GUCACUGCGGUCAGCUUUCAGAAUGCAGAUUGCCACUGCUGCUUUUUAUGAGAACAAGGACCUAAUUAUGAUUCCACAAUUUGUGUACUGUAAGCUCAAGAAUCAGAAGGUGACAAAAGAGGGAUCUAAAAAUAGAGUGUACAAAUUCUGGAGUUCUGAGACCUGCAGUCCCAGCCUGAGGAAUUUGGGCACAGCCUGGAUGGUGGGGUGUGGAGCUCUGAGUGGCACUGCCCUCUGUCAGCUGCUCCUCAGGAACCAGCAGCACAGGCCAGCAAUCCCAAGGAAUAAUAGCUCUCCUGACCUGAUUGAAAUGCCAGGCUUCAUUUGUGGCUGUGUGUCCUGUGUUUUCCUGGGCAGCAGAUUCCCUCAGCUCUGUAAAAACCUCCAGAGAAGAUGCACAGAAAGCACCUUUUACCUGCUCUUUGCCUUGGCCCUGAUGGGAAACUGCACCUGUGGACUGAGCCUUGUUCUAAAGAUGCCAGAACCCAAAUCCUCCUGGGUCCUCUGCUUUCUUCACCACCUUCCCUGGCUUAUUGGGAGCUUUGGAGUUUUGUUCCUUGACAUUUUGGUAUCAUUUUCCUGUUACAGCUAAAGAUUCAAGUAGGCUUACUAAUAAAUAGAUCAGAAAUGAAGUGGA